GGCACAAUGAUUAAUCUUAUUGAUACAUUGAAUCCUUUCUUAUCAUCAUAGAUUUCAUUGAAUAACAUGAGUAUAUCAGGAAUCUUCAUUAUAUUUACUGUAUUUCUAAUUUAUGGUUAUAAAGCGGAGGAUUGUGGAAAUGAUGUAAACUGUGAUGUUGGUGAUACAUUCUUAUAUUCAACAUAUUGCUGUAAAGAUUCUUCUGGUGAACCGGCAUGUUGUAAACAAAUCCGUUGGUGGCCAAUUACUAUUACAAUAUGUGCUGUUAUCUUGGGACUCAUUAUCCUUCUAGUCUGUCUAUGUUGUUACGGUUUUUGUAGUUGUUUACUGGAUAUUCUAUGCUGUUGUUGUAGACGUUAAAACAAAAACAAAAUUGGUCAACAUAUGUCGAGUUACCCUAUUUUUAACACUUCACUUCAUUACCUGAUUCUAUGUAUGUAUGUAUGUACGCACGUACGUACGUACGUACGUAUGUAUGUAUAUAUGUAUGUAUGUAUGUGUGUAUGUAUGUAUGUAUGUAUGUAUUUCAUAGGAUCAUUGAUUUUUGAGAUUUCCCUUUUUCAAAAUGAAACUUUAUUAUGAUGUCAUUGUUUGUGUUUUUAUUAUUAUUAUUAUUAUUUUUUAUUUAUUUUUAUUUAUUUAUUCUAUUUACUCAAUGGACAGAUAGAAUGUGAAUGUUUAACAGAGUUUCUAUAUGAUUGACUAAAUAAAUAUGUAAUUGAAUAUAACUCCAGCGUUUUAUUGAGAACAGAAUGGGGUUUUUUGUGGAUAUGAUGAUAGUUAAGAUCAUAAAUCAAUUAAAGGUAGAUUAUCAUAGAAAACCUGAAAGUACUGGUUGGUCGUUUUGUCCUAUUGUAGGACACUUCAGUGGCAUUGUGCAUUCACAAUCCUAUGUCGAACCCAAAAUCUAUAUAAGUGAGUUUAUUUCUAGAUCACUAUCCUAUAGACUGGAUGUAAAUGUACAUUAUUAUUAGUCAGUUUCUGUAAUAAACACAAGACUAUAUUCGUUUGUUUCAAUUCAACAACUUAGUAAAAUAGGGCACAGUACGACCGUAAGGUUAUGGGUUUUCGCGCACGUGUAACAUAUUCUCGUGGAUAUUUUGUGUCAUUAUUUAUCAACUAUUAACAGGCUUUUUUCUAUCUCACGUACCUUUUUGUAUUGUUUAUAGUUGCUACAUAGUUUUUAUUCGAAUUUAUUUGCAGUUUGACGUAUUAUUUGCUUACCAGCUAAGUGACUGUUUAGUAAGCCUAAUUAGGUUAUUUGCAACAAUACAAACUCAAGCAAGUAAGAUU